GUUGCUCUCAAGGCUUCAGUUUGAAAUUAGAAGCCGCAUCACCAACAAAAUAAUGGAGCAAUGAAAAUAAGCGAGCACUCCCAGUUUGAGGGGUCGCAUGGUGGCCUUUGUGAUGAUGUCAUAAGAACCAAGGUAACAAUGAGAGAAAUUCUGGAAGUUUGAAUUUGCGCACUGUCUAGCAACCACUCUCAAUCUGUGAGCACUUCAACAAACCUGGAGAAGGGAUCAAAGUGCCGAUUCCGUCACUGUGAAAAAGCCAUUGGCAGUGACACCGUGUGCUCAUUAUGGAGAGAGGGGAGAUGUUCCCAUCAACUUUGCAAAUUUAGACAUAUGGAAAUACAGCAAAAAUACAACAGCAUUUCAUGUUUCUGGGAGACACAGCCAUUGGGUUGUGUGAGAAUCAGUUGUGUCUUCCAUCACCGGAAACCUCGUAACAUAAAUGGACUUUUUUUGCCACCUAGUAAUGAUUCUACAUUGCAAAGGGAAGUUCAGGAAGGGAUUUUACCUCCUGCCCAAAAUCAAGAUUCCACAAAAGGUCAAGAAAACACAUUAAGACCUAUCCAUCCUCCACUGAUUAUUACCAUCAAUCUUGAGGACGACGACGAAGAAGAACAGGAGGAGAAAUAUGCAUCUUAUUUGCUGUCUAAAACACCAGAAGACAUAGAAGAAGAAAAGGCAAUAAAGGAAAUGUGUUAUAAAUCUGGAGAAUACUACAGAAUUCAGACUUCUCAGGAAAACCACUUAACAAAAAACAUACCUUUGGUGCUGGAGAACGAGCUCUUGAAAACCAUGGAAACUGGCAGAGAUUUACAAGAAGGUGAUGGUGUUGCAGUUCCAUCAAAGUUUAAUAUUGCAGAAAGGCAAACGGAGAUAACGGCAUCAUUAGAUUGUAGCUCUAGAUCUGAUCUUAAUGCCUUUGAAAAUGGAGGAGGUGAUUGCUAUUUGCCACAAAGAAAUAUAUUUGUUGCAGGGAUACAAAGCAAAGCAUUCAAUGGAGAAAAAGAAUUUGCCAUGCUGAAGUGUUCGAACAUUAAAGCUACAAGUCACGCUGAAAGCAUAAAGAAGCAUCAUUUUAAAGGAGUAAAGAAAAAGAAAUGGAUUUCCGAGGAACCCAAAAACCUUCCUCUCUCGUUGACAGCAAAAGCAAUGCAUACUUCAAACCCUAAAGGUAAAGGGUAUUGCCAACAAAAUGAUCAAAGCAAGAAUGCUGAGAAUGCUUCUUAUGUUCCUUCUCAGAGAGCCAGCGGGAGAAGUAUUUCCUUGAGUUCUCCAGCAGCUGCAAGGUCACCCAAUCUGACCUAUGGUAAAAUUGGUGCAACCAAAGAAUCCAAGAUGAAUUUGGCUGCAGAGAGGUGCACUUCAGCAUAUAAUAUACCAGCUUGGCGAAAACGAAGCCCACAUACUAAAGUAUAUACUAAAGCGGAAAAAAUGCAUUCAGAGCCCAGAAGAAAUGGAAGCAGAUAAAGUGGAAGCAGAUUUGAAAGAGAGGGAAGGGCAAAAAAGAAGUGAAAUUCUGUUCUUACUACCAUCAUAAGAGAAACAAAAGUGAAAAUUCAAAUGAUACGGUUAUCAAGGAAUUAAACUGCAGAUGCAAAGGUGACAAAAUUUAACACUCAAAAAGCAGGAAGUACAGAGAGGCUAAAACAUACGUAUUAAAAAUAUGUAAACAAGG